AUGCCUAAAUCGCCAAAUGUACAAACUAAUAAUAUAAAUAAUAGUACUAUUAAUAACAAAAAAAAAAAAACAACUAUUAUACAGGAUGCUCACCUAAACAGCCCUUCAAAUAAACCCGAUUCAAACAGCAUGAAUAAUGAUGGUUGGCUAACUCAAAUUAAUAAAUGUAAUCUUUUCAGCUCUUCAAACUCAGCAUACAAACCACCAACUCCGAAUCCAAAUAUGAAUAUUAUUCAUACAAAUCUUAAAAAAAAUUUUUUUUUACAUGUAACAGAUUCUAAAUAUUUUCCCAAGAUGACCCAUUUGAAACCACUUCUACUACUAAAAAUAUACCCAACUCCCCUAAAACUAAUACUGAUGCGGAAACUAUAAUCAUUAAACCUCCUCCUCCUCCUAUAUUCGCCAAAGGUAUCGAAGAUUAUCCCGAAUUAUGUACAACCUUAAUUGAGCUAAUUGGUGUAGACAAUUUCAUGUACAAGUCUACAACUAACUCUUUGAAAAUACAAAUCAAGGACCCUAGUGCAUACAGAACAUUAAUACAAUUUUUGAAAACUGAAAAAGCUGAGUAUCAUACUUACCAACUGAAAGAGGACAAACCAUUCCGAGUAGUUAUUUGUAACCUCCACUCAUCCAUGCCGCUAACUCUAAUAAAAGAUGAGUUAGAUGUUUGUUGUUUUGAGGUAAGGCAAGUUACUGAUUUAUUACACAAAACACAAAGUUAGCAAAAUCUCCCUUCCAUUAUUUUUCAUCGACCUUGAACCAACACUGCAGUCUAAUGAAAUUUUCCAACUUUCAUUACUACUUCACUGUAAAAUUAAAAUUGAAGAGCCAUAUAAACCAAAAACAAUCACCCAAUUUUUCAACUGCCAACAAUACGGACACACUAGAACAUACUGUAGUUACCAUCCCCGGUGUGUUCAUUGUGGGGCGGAUCAUCAGUCAUCUGCAUACCCUAAUUCACGAGAUGUCUCAAAAUGCGUCCAUUGUUUUCAAAGUCACCCAGCCAAUUAUAAAGGCUGCUCAAUCUAUAAAGAUCUUUAACGUCGAAAAACACCCAGUGUACUAA